AUGAGUUCCAGAAGAAUGUUGUAUCCAUACCAUAUAAAAGCAAAAUUUGCAUUAUUUCCUCACAGAUUUAUGUGGGAAAAAGAUUGGCGUUUUAAAUAUACUUGUAUAGCAGCAAUACUUGUUUUGCCUAUAAUGUUAAAAUUACAAUCUGGAAUAAAUUCUCCAGGAAAUGUUAAACGAUGGGAAGCAACAGUGGCUAAAAAUGAAGCAGAACAUCAAAAGCAUGUUGCUCAUAUGUUUUAA